CAGCCCAGGCCUUAUCAGAGUGCCUGAGCCAAAGAGGGAACUGGAGAGUGAGCACUUUCCAACCACUUCAUCUGAACAACAGACAGAUUGGCAGGAAAGGCCUGUCAGCCCUUUGCCUCUGCCACCCAGGCACCCAGGCAGCCUCCCAUCCAUGCAAAUAACCUGGGUCAGGCACAACAGAGGAGGCACAGGGAGAAACUGCCUGGCAGGGGCCACUCCAGCAUAAGUCCAUUUGAGGUGAGGGGACCUGGGGAUGUGUGAAGAGCACUGUCCCUCCCAGCACACCCCACACAUCCGGGAUGCAGCAAACCUGGCUUUCUGCCUGGAAUUGAUGCCACGUGUUCCUGUGCACACCUAACCCCGAUUUGCUUUGCCAGAAGAACAGUCUGGGAGAUCUCCCACAAGAAACAUCUUUCAUUUUCUCACUGUUGGCCUUCAUCUGCACUCAUUAAAGAAAAAAAAAUCUGAAUGGCUUUUUCCUCUUGCAAUGCCCCUUGAUGCAGAGGUUGGGCCAAAACAAAAUGAACCUACUGGGCACUAAGGUGAGUCCCUUCUCUUCUGGAAUUUAGAGCACAAACUUCAUUUUCACAUGUUCCAGUGACAGCCCCGUGUCUCUGAGCCACAGGCAGACUGCAAAAUUGGUCCCUCCCCUGUUUCUUAGAGAAGGAUAUAACAAUUCCCUGUUUUGGGGUAAGAGCCUGACUGACCUCAGCAGGACCUGUCACCCACACAAUGCCAUCUUUGUCGUGAAGAAAUCUCAAUUAACCACUGGAUGCUUCUGUCCAGACCUGGAAGAACGUGUUCACCAGUGCUGUGGAUAAAUGGGUGUCUACAUUUUCAUAAUAACUGGCUAAUGAGUGCUCUAGGAAGCUCAAAAAGCUCCCGAGAGAGGCAAGCAUCCAAAUGAGCUGGUAAUACACCAGAGAGGAAAAAUAACAGAGAAGUUGCAUUCCCAAAGCUCUCUGAGUGCGGGAAGGAUAGUCUGAUCAGAAUGGUGGUCAUGUGGAAAAUAGAAAAGAUACCUGAGGAGAUUGGGCUCCAGCCCAAACAAGCAGCACCUGCAGUGUUCUCACAGUCUAUACACAUCAGCCAUGGACUGGCUGCUGAAGGACAAGGCUGUGGAGGCUGCCCUGCUUCAGCUCUGAGCCAAGCCUGGCCCAUUAGCCCACACCUGCACUCGUGGCUUUAUAAACACAGCCCUCCAGCUGGGAUUGUCCCCUUAGGGCUGCUCUCACCAUGGCUCGCUGGCACAUCCUGGCCUUGGCCCUGUGCUCCUACCUCGGGGUAGCCUGGGCUGCCACACUGGGUGUGGUGCACACCGAGGGAGGAUUUGUGGAAGGUGAGAACAAGAAACUGGGACUCUUUGGUGGCUAUGUUGACAUCUUCAGAGGGAUUCCCUUUGCUGCCCCUCCAAAGACUCUGGAAGACCCUCAGCCUCAUCCUGGCUGGGAUGGAACUCUGAAGGCAAAAGAAUUCAAAAACCGCUGCAUGCAGGUGAAGAUGACACAGACUGAUGUCCGUGGGAGCGAGGACUGUCUCUACCUGAACAUCUGGGUCCCCCAAGGGAGAAGACAGGUCUCUACCAAGCUGCCUGUGAUGGUUUAUAUCUAUGGCGGUGCCUUCCUGAUGGGAGGUGCCCAGGGAGCCAAUUUCCUGGACAACUACCUGUACGAUGGGGAGGAGAUCGCCGUGCGGGGCAACGUCAUUGUGGUGACCAUCAACUACCGCGUGGGGCCGCUGGGCUUCCUGAGCACCGGGGACGAAAACCUGCCAGGGAACUACGGGCUCAAGGACCAGCACAUGGCCAUUGCCUGGGUGAAGAGGAACAUCAAGGCUUUUGGGGGUGACCCAGACAACAUCACCAUCUUUGGGGAAUCGGCCGGUGCUGCCAGUGUCUCCCUGCAGACGCUGUCCCCAAAGAACAAGGGCCUGUUCAAGAGAGCCAUCAGCCAGAGCGGUGUUGGGCUCUGCAGCUGGGCCAUCCAGAGGGACCCACUGCUCUGGGCCAAAAAGCUUGGAGAAAAGGUGGGCUGCCGCACAGACAACACCACCAUCUUGGCCAACUGCCUCCGUAUCUCUGACCCCAAAGCCUUGACCCUGGCCUACCACCUGCAGCUCACCCACCUGUCCAUGCCCCUGGUGCACGCCCUUGCCCUCUCUCCAGUUGUGGAUGGGGAUUUCCUCCCAGACGUGCCAGAGAAGCUCUUUGCCAACGCUGCUGACAUCGACUACCUGGCCGGGGUCAAUGACAUGGACGGGCACAUGUUUGCCGGUGUGGACAUACCCGCCAUCAACCGCCCGCUGGUGAAGGUCACUGCGGACCAGGUCUAUCAUUUGGUCAAAGGCCUCACCGUGGACAGGGGCGAAGCUGGAGCCAACGCCACCUACAACAUCUACACACAGAGCUGGGGUGCAAAUCCUGAGCAGGAGGUUGUGAAGAAGACAGUGGUGGGCCUGAUCACUGACUACAUCUUCCUGAUUCCUACACAGGUGGCACUGGACCUGCACCUGCAGAAUGCCAAGAGUGGCAAGACCUACAGCUACUUGUUCUCUGAGCCGUCCCGCAUGCCCAUCUACCCCCGCUGGGUGGGGGCAGACCAUGCUGAUGACCUGCAGUAUGUGUUUGGAAAGCCCUUUGCCACUCCCCUGGGCUACUGGCCCAAGUACAGGACUCUCUCAAAGGCCAUGAUUGCUUACUGGACCAAUUUUGCUAGAACUGGUGAUCCCAACACAGGGCAUUCAGAUGUGCCUGUUUCCUGGCCAGCCUACACCAACGACGCCAAGUACUACCUGGAUAUCAACCACAAGAUGAACAAGAACUCUGUGAAGCAGAACCUGAGGUCCCGCUUUGUGACCUUCUGGAACUCGGUCUAUCUGAAGAUGCCACAGGUUGCUAACAUCUCCCAGUCAGAAUUAACAUUCUGAACCCUUUAAAGAUAGUUCAAUAAAGGCUUCCUUUAGCUGA